CAACAAAAUGCGAGCCGAAAUGAGAUCAUACACACUGUGGUGAUAACAACGACCGGACUGAAAUUAGGCACAUUAGUGCUAGCGGCGAAAGGACAAUCACUCCGAUUAAAUGUCACGGAAAACGGGAUAUAUUUUUCAAUAUUUUGGGGUGACUACGUUUUCGGAUCAGUGUGUCCCAAACAUAGAAAUAUGAAACUUAUAUGAACUAUCACUUACAGCUAUUGUUGUUAUUUGGGUGUGUCACAUGUCAUGAGGCAAUCAAUAUUUGUUGAGAACUGGAGAAGCUACUCUUAAUUUUACAGGAGAAAAGACGGAAUGAACAUUUAGUACCAUUAUUAGCUGAGGUCAGGAGAGAGGAGCACAUUUAAAUCCAUUGUCCAGGAAUUCGUCCAGAUCCACAGCUCUCACAAUGGAUAACACAUUGCAUUGCCAACAAGAUGAUUUCUGCUCCUUGGAUGACAAAAAUGAAUCAAAUCUGGAGGAGGCAAUCAAGAACCCUGCACAACAUCAGGAGCAAACCUUGGGAAGCAGUUCUCCUCAAGGGCGUGUGCGGCUCUAUUCUGAGUCUCAGGUGUAUAUGGUCAGCCGCUGGCAGGACACAGAGCCCCAGGACGGAGCAUCACCAGAGGAGAAUGGAGGAGCUGGAGAUGGAGCCCCAUUUAGAGGUCGUUCCCAAUCUGCUCCUGCUGCACUAUGGAAAGCAAAGAAGUACGGACGACAACUAAGGAGAAUGAGUGAUGAAUUUGACACAUGGCUCGACAAAGGGGAAGUAAAGAGAGUGAACAGCAGUGGGAGAGGAGCUUACAAACAGACGUACCGAGGAUGGUUCUCAUUCCUUUGGAGUCCCAAAGAAGAGGAGGGAAGAGAAUGACAAAAUCUUCUUCCAUUCUUUAACAACUUUACAUACCAGAAUGGCAGUUAAAAGAGAGAGCUGCUUUCAAAGUAAAGUAGACGAAGGCUGGUCUGAUCACCAUCAUGGCCUUUUUGUAAUCAAUGUGCUCAAGCAAAAAAGCGCAGAACUACAUUCUACCCAUUUAUUUUCUCUCUAGACAAAGUUUCUCUACAAAGCUAGAAACAUUUUCAAUCUGAGAUCACAGAAAAGUGCUGUAUCGUAUUAUACCACUGCAAUAACAUAUUUUUAAUUAAUAAAAUGGUCAGUGUUCAAUUUGACAAUCUCAAAAUGGACAAUCGAUGAAUUAUACAAUUCAUUGGACAAUCUUUCGCUACUGAUUAUAAAUGAAAACUAUUUCAAUCUAUUUAUUAAUAUGCAUUAUUUAAAAUUAAUACUUGGCAAAGAAAUGUGUUCUAUGAUGUAUUUUACAGAUUUAUAGUAUAUAGAUGUGAUAUAUAGAUGUGAAUUAGUCAAGCAUUUUUGUCUGACUAAAGGCAGGAGCAUUAGCUUGCAAAAUGUACAAAUAAUUCAAGGAUUGUGACAUCGGAUAGUUGUGAUGAAGUACAGGUUUGUUAUGGUAACAAUAAUACGGGUAAAGUUAUUUCAGUUAAUUUAUUAAUAUAUGCUAAAGUAUAUCUCAGGUUUGUUUGUUUUCUAAUGCCAAACUAUUGUGGUGACUAACAAAUAAGAGUGAAUGAAAUCCAUCUGACAUCUCUUUUAUACUGGUUAUACUUAGAUGUCACCACAAAGAACUUGAUAUUUAAUUGGUACUUUUACAGCUUUGUAAUUCAUCACUGCCUUUCAUGUACAUAUUUCUUGAUUGUAUAGUUGUCUGUAGUCUGUUGCAUUUCUAUUCUUUUAAAUUCCAACUGCAGGACAUGUACAGCCUCACUGGAUGCCAUUGUAUGUAAAACAACAAUAAUUGUUUUGCCAAACCUGCGGGAAAGCAAAUAAGUGCAGAUGGACAGGUGUUGUUUUCAUACUAUCAGCCUGACACUUGACGAGUUUUUGUUCUUUUCUUAAGCACCUUGUACAUAUUCAUACUUCUUAACAUAGAUUGCGUAAUUGAUGAACUGAUUACUUUUUAAAAUGAUCAACUUUUUAAUAUUUUUUCUAUGAUUUGUGGUCCAAUAAAAAAUUU